AACGGUUGGAGCUGCACUUCCGGUGUCAGAGGUCACCGCCGUUGAAAGAUGGCGGCGCCGGACGAGCUGUUCUGCUGGGAAGGAGACUCCGGUCUACCGUCCGUCAGCACCGACUGCCUGGUGGUUCUGGCCUACGCUCAGUUUGCUGGAGCUCCUCUCAAACUUCGGAAGAUCUCAAACCCCUGGAGGAGUCCCAGCGGUUCACUUCCUGCUCUGAGGACCAAUCAGAAGGAAACUCUGUCCAGACCCUCUGACAUCAUCAUUCACCUGAGGAAACAGAAAUAUAAUGCAGACUACGACCUGUCGGCGAAGGAGGGCGCCGACAGCCUGGCCUUCAUCUCUCUGAUGGAGGAGAAACUCAUGCCUGCCCUGAUCUACGCGUUCUGGAUCGAGCCAAAGAACUACGUGGACGUGACUCGCCGCUGGUACGCCGAGCACAUGCCGUUCCCCCUCAACUUCUUCCUGCCCGGACGGAUGCAACGCAGACAGCUGGAGAAACUGCGACUGCUGCGAGGAAACGAGAGCCUGGAGGCCGGAGAGGAGCUGGAGAAGGAGUUGUUCCGUGAUGCUGCUGAGUGUAUGAACCUGCUGUCCCAACGUCUCGGCUCACACAAGUUCUUCUUCGGAGACUCGCCUUCGUCUCUGGACGCUUAUGUGUUUGGUCACUUGGCGCCAAUCCUGAAGUCCAAACUGCCCAACGGGAAGCUGCAGCAGCAUCUGAAAUCCCUCGACAAUCUGACCAACUUCUGCACAAACAUCCUGCUGCUCUACUUCCCCAGAGACGGCCGAGAGAGCUCCGGUCAGAAGACGGCCUCCCAGCCUGAAGGCGGAGACUUCGACCACGUCCCCAACAAGCGGAGGAAGCAGUUCCUAUCGGUGCUGGUGGCUCUGGGCGCCAUGCUAAGCUACGCCCUCCUGACCGGCAUGGUGUCCAUCCAACACAUCCAGCAGGAGGCGCUGGAGGAGCCGCCAGACCUGGAGACCCUCAGAUCCCACGACCACGAGGAGGAGGAUGACGGCUGAGGACGACAAUCUGUCGAACGGAGGUCCAUGAACGCAUCAUCACAAGAACUUUAUGGACUGAAGUGAAGUUGUUUAAGAUCCAGAUGUUAUCAGAUAAUAGUUAGUUUCAUCACUGAGGAGUUGACUGUCACCAAAGAGCCAGAAGUCGUGUCCACAGGAAAUGUACCGAAUUACAAAAUAAUCAGGAGCCUUUCAGUGGACAGGAAGUGGAUGUUGGUGCUGUUUAUGUACAGAAUUAAUUAAAACAUCAUUUCUCAGAGUGACAUUUUUAAAAUAUAACUUUGGUUAAGUUUUGUUUUGUUUAACUUUUGUUAAGUUUUUUUAAACAUAAGAAAAAAUGUGGUUUGCUUUGUUCCUUAAAAAUAAUUUGCUUUUUCUCAGAUUGUUUUUGCUCACAACAGAAUGAUCACAUGACAAGAACAACAAAUAAUAAAUCUAUAAAUAAUUAA